AUGGGUUAUUUCGACAACUGCCGCCCCGAUGAACGGUUCACGAUCUCUGCAAAGUUCUACGAUAAUUGUGUUGUAAACGACUGGGAUCAACGGCGCUGCAUCACUGUGAAGACAUCAUGGGCAGAACAAGAUGACGAAUGGAUCAUCGAGGCCCUUGCGCGGCACGCUGAUGACAUCCCCGCCGAAGCCGUCAGGAUCGAGGUCUCGGAAGAAGGCGAGCUGCUGUCUCAUUCCUCCGACGUUGAGAGAGAUCGGGCUAUGGUUCCCUUCUACCCUUCAGUCAACGAGUUUCCGUUGGGUGUCCGCAAGAUUCGAAGGUCAGACUUGAUCGAAGUCUCCCGGAUGGGCAUUCAAGUAGACCUUGUCACUCAUGAGCCCUCAAUGGGUGAGGCUCGGCAACUGGCUUUCAAAUACUACAUCAACCAGCCUCAGGUUCCUGUCUUCUGGCACGAGCUAAAUUGCGUACUACGCAUCCCCAAGCAUCCAAACGUUGUUCCGUUCGACAGCCUGGUGGUCGAUGUGCUUGACGGCGAGGAGAAGGUUGUGGGCUUUACUACAACCUUUGUUGAUGGAGGUACGGUCGAGGAUAGGAAGGAUCGGGUCUUCAAGCUGAAACAUAUAGAGCAGCUCUUCGCGGUCAUCGAUCACCUCAACCUCACUCUGGGCAUCGUCCACGGUGACGUAUGCCCGUGGAAUCUUCUAGUCGACAGGGAGACAGACGCGCUUCAAAUAUUCGACUUCAACAUGGCAUCCAAGCUGGGCUGGGAGGGCGACCCGUCAGAACUGGCGGCAUGCGCAUUCGCCUACGACAAGCACCGCAACGAUAUCAAGCUCGCCAUAUUCACCGUCUACGAGAUUAUCACCCGCGACCUGCAUUUCCGCGAAGAGAAUUAUCCCCACGAGCUCGAGAUACCCAUGGUGCUUGAAAAGAUCUGGGAAAAACAUCCAGAAGUACGCCUUGAUGCUGAAGUUUCCAAGUACCGCCUACUGGCGGAAAAUUGGCUGGCGAAAAGACGGGAUGUUGAUAAGGAGAUCACACAUUUCUCCCAGGUGCCGGGUGCCCUAGACUGGCCAUGUCUACCGCCACUACCGAUCGUGCCCUUUGUGGGGACCAUGCAGCGUAGAACCGCGCGAAUGCGCCAGGAGAUGAUUAUGGAAGGUGCCGAUUUCCUCAAGUGGCAACGGCCAUCGAGCCGCGACCUGCCCCUGCCCCAUGGGCGGCGCCUUUUGGCUACAGGUCAAGUCGUUCAGUGUGGCGAUGCUGAUAGAGAUCACGGCGGUCGGCAGACCCUAGGUGUUGAGAGCUGA